AUGGUACGUAUUAACAGGAAGGUCUUGUGCGCGGCCGCCGCCGUCGCCAUCGGACUUCUCCACAGUGUAGAGAGCCAGCCGCAGUCCGCCAACGAGUCUGACUUGAGCGGCAAUCCCUCUGCGAACGACAACCCGGCCAAUGUUGCGGCGCCACGCAUCGAGUUCGAGCCCUUCGAAGACGAAGUCGACCCUGAGCUUGAGGCCACCGAUGAAGUCAAGGUGCCGCCGAAGAAGCAGGAGUUGUUCGACAUGGACCUGAUGAUGAGUCCGCUGCUCUCCCAGAUGCCCAAAAGCUUCAGAAGGCACUACUGCUACUUCCUGUUCUACUGCGUCGGAAUGCUGGUGUACGGAUGGAUUGGGUACGAGACCAACAAGCAGCGGGUCAAGAGGGUCAUCGCGGCUCUGAAGCCCGUGCUGCAGGAGAACUUCGCGUUCAUCGCCGACGAGCCGCACUGCUACGAAGCGCUGAGGUGGCACAAGUUCCAGGCCUACGCGUCUGGGCGCACGAGCUGUGACCGCCUCUUCAUCGAUUUCGAUCUGGUCAAGCGGCAGUGCAUGUGGCACAGGUGGGUCUUCCGCCACAUGUUCCGAAUGGAGGACACCAUGACCAUCGAGAUGAUGCUGCCCAAAAUGGAUUGCAUCGUGUUCGCGAUCACGCACAAGAUGACGAACAAGCUGUUCAUCAAGAAGAACCAGGAGGUGGCCAACACCACGUACGUGCUGGACUCGAGCGAACUUCCCCCGACGCACCGGGCCUACAUUAACGGCACCGAAAAGUGCUUCGCGAAGUACGCCUCGUACGUCAUCGCAGCCUGCCAGGAGUUCAUGCCGCACCUCAUCCACUUCUACGCUGCCGACGCAGUGCCCGAGGCAGAAGGCUACCGCCAGUGGCGGCAGAUCGUUCUGAAGGUGAGGGUGGGCGACGACGACCAGCUGGCUGCCAAGGUGCUCGCGGCGGCCAUCCACAUCGCCGACUACACGAAGAACUACACCGUCAUGGACAAGACACGGGAGGCCAUGACGAAGGCCAGGCAGGACAUGAUCGCAGUGCUCUUCAAGGCGGAAAUCAAGCGGCAGAAGGAGGAGGCGAAAGAGGCGAAGGAGGAGAGCAAGCUGACGCCGGAGAAGAUCAAGAAACUCGAGAAGAAGGCGUUGGCCAGACCCACACCGCGGGUCAAGGUGAUCAGAUAA